CCCUCGUGCUCAGGGCUGGAGCUGUGUAAGGAGGUGAGGGAGGUGCUGAGCGGCGCCGAGCUGCCGGAGCUGCGUGCCAACCUGCUGCUCCCCGAGGACGUGGCCCUGCGAAAUCUGCCCCCUCUGAGGAACGCGCACAGGAGGCUGAACUUCGAGCAGGACCGCCCCGUCUUCUCAGCAGUGGAGGAGUCCGUCGUUCGGAUCUGCUGCAUCCGGAGCUUUGGGCACUUUGUCACGCGGCUGCAGGGCAGCAUCCUGCAGUUCAACCCGGAGCUGGGGAUCUUCAUCAGCAUAGCGCAGUCGGAGCAGGACAGCGUGGUGCAGCAGGCCCAGGCCCAGUUCCACAUGGCCGCAGAGGAGGCUCGUCGGAACCGGCUGAUGAGAGACAUGGCUCAGCUCCGCCUGCAGCUGGAGGUGUCUCAGCUGGAGGGCAGCCUGCAGCAGCCCAAGGCGCAGUCGGCCAUGUCUCCGUACCUCGUGCUGGACGCGCAGGCGCUCUGCCAGCACCUGGCCGUGGUCAAGCAGCUGGCCGGCAGCGGGAGGUUCAUCAUCAUCAUCCCGCGGGCAGUGAUCGACAGCUUGGAUUUCCUCAAGAAGGAGAACGCCGGCGCCCGGGACGGCAUCCGCUAUCUGGAGGCGGAAUUUAAGAAGGGAAACCGGUACAUCCGUUGCCAGAGAGACGUCGGGAAGAGCUUUGAGAGGCACAAAUUGAAGAGACAAGACUUGGAUGCGUGGAACCUCUAUAAGAUCCUGGACAGCUGCAAGCAGCUGACGGUGUCCCAGAGCAGCGGGGAUGACGACACCACAGGGAUGGUCACCAUCAUCACAGGCUUCCAGCUGGAGGACCCCAGCGCGCUCUCGGCGCCCAUGCAGUCUGCCAUCCAAGCAGCCGCCAGCGCCAGCGUGGAAGUGAAGAACAUCCUGGAGUUCUACAAGCAGUGGAAAGAGAUGGGCUGAUGUUCAGCGGGGCGUCAGGUUGGUGCGGCUGCCAUGGAGCUGUAGGGCUGGCUCGGGACCCCAGGAGCAUCACAUUGCAACCCCUCUGCCACUGCACGGCCCCCAUCUCCUCAUCUGAAGCUCCGUCUGCCCGUUCUCUCCCCCUUCUCGCAGUGCAUGGUGUGUCGAGUCAAGGAAAGGGAAACGGGCGGUACUUGGGCCCGAAACAGCAAUAACAAAAAAACCACCUCCAAAAAUUAAAGCAGAAAAUAAUAA